AGUAAAGCAGUCUUUUGGAGGGUUUACUAGCAAGAGGAAGGAAAGCCUCCACUAAAGAAGAGACAGUGGUGUCCAUAAGGAGUUACAGAACACUGGAAAGAAAAACUGAGCUGCAAAAAAUCUUCAUAACAGGAAAUAUUCAGAAAUGCAUAGGAGUAUGUAGUGUGUUAACUAUACAAAUGAUAUUUAGAAUAAGUGCAUCAGGGUUUCCAUCUCUAUACAUCAAUGGGGUCCGGAGCAUCAGCACAUGGCCAGAAGACCAUAUACCUGGAUGUGGAUGGAAAAAUACAAAAGGUUGUUUUCAGUCAGCACAGCAGUCCUGCUGAGAUUAAGGAGCUCCUCUGUGCGUCAGCUGGCUUGCCAUGGCAAGCAGCUAUAAUUCUUUUGGAUAAAAAGGGCACUGUUGUGGCUACUGACUCUACAAUUCCAAAAAAUUCUAAAAGUUCUGCAUAUCGCAUUGUCUCCCGGUCUAUUUCACCCAGACCAGAAAAAGAAGACUUUUUUCAAAAUAUUCUAUCCCAGGUUACAGAAGAAUUCUCAAGAGCUUUCAGAGUCACUGAAAUGAAGAGAGAAGUUAUGGAAAGGUUGGCUAUGCUAGAAAGAAGGAUGGAGGUUGAAGGUCUGAAAGCUAUUGAUAUUGACAAAUGCAAGAAUGAAUUAAAGAAUCUUCGUGAUGAAAUGGAAAAGAAGACAAGCAGACUGAGCUGCCCAUGCAGAUUUUAUUACUCGGAGGAUAUAAAAAAAUUGAACCCACGGAGAGAUGUGCCAACCUACCCAAAGUACACAUUAUCCUCAGAGACAAUAGACGCUCUGAAAAAACCUACAUUUGAUGUUUGGCACUGGGAAUAUAAUGAGAUGCUAAGCUGCCUGGAAUUCAUGUAUCAUGACCUUGGGCUUGUUCGAGAAUUUAACAUGAACCCUAUAACUUUAAAACGUUGGUUGUUGUGCAUUCAGGAGAAUUAUCGGACCAACCCCUUCCAUAAUUUCCGCCAUUGUUUCUGUGUGACACAGAUGAUGUACGGCAUGAUCCAUCUCUGCAAUUUGCAGGAAAAGAUGUCCCUGAUUGAGUUAGGGGUCCUGAUGACUUCUGCUGUUUGUCAUGAUCUAGAUCAUCCUGGCUACAACAACACGUAUCAGAUUAAUGCACACACAGAACUCGCAAUCAGGUACAAUGACAUGUCGCCUUUGGAAAAUCACCACUGUGCUGUGGCCUUCCAGAUUCUUGCUCAACCAGAAAACAACAUUUUCGCUAAUAUUACACCAGAACUCUUCAAACAGAUCAGACAGUCAAUAAUUCGCCUGAUUUUAGCAACAGACAUGGCCCGCCAUGGGGAGAUUUUAGAGUCCUUUAAGAAAGUCCUUCCGAACUUUGACUUUAGUAAUGAAGAUCAUGUAAAAACUCUACAGAUGGUGCUGAUAAAAUGCUGUGAUAUCUCCAAUGAAGUUCGUCCCACCAAAGUUGCAGAGCCUUGGGUUGACUGUUUAUUGGAGGAGUAUUUUAUGCAGAGUGAUCGUGAAAAAUCGGAGGGACUUCCAGUCACACCCUUCAUGGAUCGUGAUAAAGUCACUAAACCCAAAGCACAGAUUGGAUUUAUUAAGUUUGUCCUGAUACCAAUGUUUGAAUCAGUGAUGAAGCUCUUUCCUCAUAUAGAAGAGGUUAUGGUUUUACCUUUACGAGAAGCAAGGGAUCAUUACGAGGAGCUGAUGGAAAUUGAGGAAGCAUUGGCUGAAGUACAACAAAAAAAGUCUGCAACACUGUCUAUUGGAGGCAAACUGCAAGUGAGUGCCUAAGCAGUUAAAGGCCUAUCUGAUAUUCAUGCUGCAAAGGUUAUACCUAAUACCAGAGCAAGAGUGACUAUCUGACCUCCCUACAUGGAUGUUAUCAGGGUUUUGGUUGUGUCCAUUAGCUUUAUAGUUACAGCAACAUCACUAUAAAUGUUAGAAUUCUAGACUUUGUAUUUACAGUAUUCUGAAGAAUUGUUCUGUGAGUCUUAUGUUUAUACUGGCGUAGAAUCAGAAUAGUACCUAAAUUAUAGUUUACUAUUAGAAAAGCCUACAUUUUAUUAAAUUGUAAAUUAGCUGUGUACAUGUAGAGGAGCUUUACUUUUCUAUAAAACAGAACUAAUUACCUCCUUAGGUGUAUUUCAUUUUGUAGCUCACAGUCAUCCCCAUAUUUUUAGUCUAUCUUUGUCUUUUUAUCAAACCUCCUUCAUCUGUAAAGCUCUGAGUGUGCUGUAGAAUGAAUGGUAUUUUGCUAAUGCUAAUGACAAACAGUGGAUAGGCAUCUGAAAUGCCAACCUUGCCUUUAAUGAGAAAUAUCUGAUAGUACCAUUACAUGUACAAUCGAAACAACAGCUUUCAAGUUAAAAAGCGCCUGUACCGGCACUGUCAGGCCUUUACAACUGAGUUGAAUGGGAGACAACAGGUGCAGAUCCAGGAACUUUUCUGAGAAAACUCCCCUUGUGCGAUCAAAAAUACAAUUUUUUUUACCAGGGGCUUAUUCCCAAAUUGUAACUUUUAUAUCAUGAAUAGUAUGAGUAGCAGGUGUUAUAUCACUAAACUCCAUACUAAUCUAUAGAAUAUAGAAACUUUCUGGGGGCUCUUUUGUUCAGGUACUGGAACCAUUUUGUCACUGAUUCCGCUUUUUUGUGGAAUCUGUCCCAUUCAGAAAUGCUCUUGAUGCUUGCACACAAAAUAUUCAUGCUUGUAGAGUUUACAGGUCUAUAGCAAGCAUCCAUAUUGAUUCCUUAUUAGCAAUCCAUGUGUAUUUUACUUGGGGACACAAAUGCAUGUUAUAGGGCAGCAAUGAUAAGUACAG